AUGGCAGAGGCAACUGGCUAUGCAAAGGAUUCAUGCGGAAAUUGCGGAUGCGACAAGGGUGGCAAGGAGGUUGAGGAUCUUGUCCCGGAUGUGAAGUUUGAGUACAAACCCAUGUUCCAGCACGCCAACCCUGUCGAUGUUCCCUACAAGAAAGUGGAGUCCUUGAGCGCUGGAAUCGCUACCGAAGAGGUCAAGGUGGGUGGAGCUGCCAAGAAGAUCAUCACAGUGGAGCCCUGGGUCUUGCGUCAGCUGGCCGAACAUUGCAUCACCGAGAUCAGUCACUUUCUUCGGCCGGGUCACCUUGCACAGCUUGGAAAGAUUCUCACAGAUCCUGAGGCUUCAGCAAAUGAUCGCUUCACAGCGCACAAUCUCCUACAGAAUGCUGUGAAAGCUAGCGGAGGGCAGCUUCCCGGAUGCCAGGACACGGGCACUGCCAUUGUAAUGGGGAAGCGUGGAAUGAGUGUAUUCACUGCUGGCGACGAUGAAGAGCAGCUAUCUGGGGGCGUCUACGAUGCUUACACAAAGAGGAAUCUGCGAUACUCGCAAAUGGCUCCUGUCACAAUGUUUGCAGAGAAGAACACAAAGUGCAAUCUGCCAGCGCAGAUUGACCUUUUGGCGACCUCUGAAGCCAAAUAUGAGUUCCUUUUUAUGGCAAAAGGCGGCGGAUCUGCGAACAAGACCUACUUGUACCAGCAAACCAAGGCCUUGCUGAAUCCAAAGAAGCUGGAAGCGUUCAUCAAAGAAAAACUGCAGACUCUGGGCACAAGUGCUUGCCCACCUUACCAUGUUGCCUUGGUAAUUGGAGGGACCUCAGCUGAAACUUGCUUGAAGACCGUUAAGCUUGCAAGUGCCAGGUACUACGAUGACCUCCCGACCUCGGGCAGCGACAGUGGCCGAGCUUUCCGUGACCUGGAAUGGGAGGAAAAAGUGCUGAAGAUUUGUCAAGAUUUGGGGGUGGGAGCCCAGUUUGGUGGGAAGUACUUCGCUCAUGAUGCACGGGUUGUGAGACUCCCACGGCAUGGUGCAUCCUGCCCAGCUGGCCUUGGCGUCUCUUGCAGUGCUGAUCGACAGAUCCUGGCCAAGAUCACAGCGGAAGGCGUUUUCGUGGAGGAGUUGGAGCACAAUCCUGCACAAUAUUUGCCAUCUGGACCUGUGGAAGGCCUUUCUGAACAGGUGGUUUCUAUCAGCUUGCAGCAGCCCAUGAAAGAUAUAUUGGCAGUACUCACAAAGUAUCCCAUCAAGACCCGAGUCUCCCUGACAGGUCCCCUCAUUGUUGCCAGAGAUAUUGCCCAUGCGAAGAUCAGUGAGCUCUUUGAAGAGACAGGGAAGCUUCCACAGUACGUCAAGGACCAUCCAAUCUACUACGCUGGGCCAGCCAAGACACCGGCAGGAUUUGCUUCUGGCUCAUUUGGUCCUACAACUGCUGGCCGAAUGGACACCUACGUUCCAAUGUGGCAGCCUCAUGGAGCUUCUUUGGUGACUCUUGCCAAAGGCAAUCGGUCCAAACAGGUCACUGAUUCUUGCAAGCAGUAUGGCGGCUUCUACCUUGGAAGCGUGGGUGGUGCUGCUGCAGUUCUAGCUGAAGAUUGCAUCAAGAAGGUGGAGGUGCUGGAAUUUCCGGAGCUUGGUAUGGAAGCAGUGUGGAAAAUCGAGGUGGAGAACUUCCCGGCUUUCAUUCUGGUUGAUGACAAAGGCAAUGACUUCUUUGCAAAUUGGAACAUGUGA